AUGGAUCCGAAAAUCUAUGACGAACCGUGUGACAUAUCACGUCCAGCGACACCAGAAGCGAAAUCCGAUUUUCAAAAGCUCAAAGAGAACUUUGAAAGCCACCUCACUGAAAAGCCGAAGAUUGCUAAAAAGCCGCUCAAAGUGUGGAAAUCAACGGAAAAUGUAUCUGAAGAGUUUAAGUUUUCAAAGAAAGUAUGUUCUGAGAAUAAAUUCGCGACGGAGACGAAGAGAUAUCGUCGGUUUGAUAAGGAGAGAUUUAGUCUGCCCAAAACUGAUAAACAACUCGAUGUGGAUAGAGAGAACGUAAGUUUUUAUUUAUUAACUCCAAAUAGAAGGUUUAAGAGUGUCUUUAGAGACAAAUAUUGA